AUGCAACAUGCCCCCAAGCUCCGCCCCACCCUCCCCUCCAUCCAGAUCCAUGCCUCAAGGCCCGCACCCUUGCCCGUGGCUAGGGAUUCGGGCGCCCCCGUGUUCUUGCCGCUGAGUGGACAGGUCGGCCCGCUAGCCAAUGAGCAGCACCCCGCACCUGCGCGUGCCCAGGCCGACGAGCAGUACAGGGAUUGGCCGCGGAUGGAGACGAGUGCAGGCGCCGCAGCAGGACAAGCUGUGGCGGCGGCGGAUCUGGUGACUGCAGGCAGUCCGCACGAUUGUGAUUCUCGUGUCGCUGAUAGUUUGGAGCAGUCGGUUCCGCAUUACAAGCAACAACCACUGAGCCAUGAGAGUCUUUCUAGAUGGUACUCUAUCUACAUACUCUUACAAGAAACAACCAACGAGUUAUGGUAUAUAUUUCCAUUCUCAAAAUAA